ACGGCCUGGAGGACUCGGAGGGUUUACGGGGACGGACCGCAGAGGUUGUCUGAAGGCCGAGGCCAAGAUGGCGGCGCUAGCGGCUCCUGGCCUGCUCUGCUCCCGGAUCCUAGGUGCACGCAGCUCCAGCGUGGGCACCGCUGUGCUGGCCCGAGACGUCCAUCAGAGCGCAGCUGCUGACGGCCCGAGCAGUUCCCAGCCCACCGUGACGAAGGCCGGAUCUGUGUUACCGAAACGAACUGCGCUUCCCAGCAGCCGGGGCGAGUAUGUGGUGGCCAAGCUGGAUGACCUCAUCAACUGGGCCCGCCGGAGCUCGCUGUGGCCCAUGACCUUCGGCCUGGCCUGCUGCGCUGUGGAGAUGAUGCAUAUGGCCGCACCCCGCUACGACAUGGACCGCUUCGGCGUGGUCUUCCGGGCCAGCCCUCGCCAGUCUGACGUGAUGAUUGUGGCUGGCACGCUCACGAACAAGAUGGCCCCGGCGCUCCGAAAGGUAGCCCUCCUCCCUGCCGCCCGCCACCCCGCCACCUGGGCGCUGAGCUGCACACAGACCCUUCUCCGUGUCUUCCAGGUCUAUGACCAGAUGCCAGAGCCCCGCUACGUCGUGUCCAUGGGGAGCUGUGCCAACGGAGGUGGGUACUACCACUAUUCCUACUCGGUUGUGAGGGGCUGCGACCGCAUCGUGCCGGUGGACAUCUAUGUCCCAGGCUGCCCGCCCACGGCCGAGGCGCUGCUAUAUGGCAUCCUGCAGCUGCAGAGGAAGAUCAAGCGGGAGCAGCGGCUCCAGAUCUGGUACCGCAGGUAGUGCCGGCGCCGAGGGAGCUGCCGGAACCCAGUCUGUGUUGUCCCUGGAGAUUGUCAAUAAACCUGCCCUCGGGCCCACUGCCUG